UUGAAAACGAGUCAAGAGGUUGAAGUAGCAUUACUCUGUAAUCAUAAAAUGCAUAUAUUUUUAAAUAAUGAAAAAAUGAUUUUUGCUUUAUUAUUACUUGUAAUUAACGAAGCUUAUGUGUCGGAAAAAAAGCGCACAUCGCUUGAGGCUUUAAAAUGCAGACGGUAUAAGGAAAGUGUGUUUAACCAGAAGGUGACCUUUCAACCAUUGGUAUAUAAACCUAAUUUAAUCGCAGUGGAAGAGGAUAGUUGUAAAUCUUAUGCACCUUUUAUUGUUAAUGGAACGCCAGCAAUAGGUAAGGAAUUUCCCCACAUGGCUCGUUUGGGUUAUGCCGAAAAAAACAAACCCACAUCUUGGUUUUGCGGAGGCACUCUUGUGAGCAAAAAAAUGGUUCUGACAGCAGCUCAUUGUUUUGAGUUCGAUUAUGGUGAUGUAAAUCGCGUUCGGUUAGGUGAACUUGAUUUUGAUAAAACGAAUGAUGAUGCCCAACCAGAAGAUUUCAAGGUUGCUCGAUAUAUAGCACAUCCAGAUUAUGAUGAGGAUUCGGCCUUCAACGAUAUAGGUCUAGUUGAACUCGCUAAAUUUGUUAUUUUUAGCGAAUAUAAGCUUCCAGCCUGCUUGCCGAUAACUAGUGGAGACAAAUAUUCAAAUUUCAUUGCUGUUGGCUGGGGAUCUAUUGCAUUUGCAACGCCAGGACCGGGUUAUUUACUUAAAGUUGGUUUGGAACGUUUUCCAUCAAAUGCCUGCGAUAUAGGUGCAAGAGAUUCUGAUAUUGAUAGAUUAAAAGAUGGUUUUCACAGCGAUUCUCAAAUAUGCGCCGGUUCAAAAGUAAAUAAAGAUACAUGCCAGGGAGAUUCUGGAGGUCCUUUGUUGUCUUAUCAUCCCAAAUAUGGUUGCAUGUAUUAUGUGGUUGGAAUAACUUCGAGUGGUUUUGGGUCAUGCGGUGUUCCUGGACUUCCUGCAGCGUAUACAAAAGUUCGUUACUACAUUGAUUGGAUAAAACGAAAUAUAUGGAAAUAAUUUAGGUACAUGAAUGCAAAAUAUAUUAAUAUAAUAAAAUUCUGAUUUU